AUGUCAGGGCCCCCGCCCGGGCCCGGCCCUGUUAGGGCAAUGAGCGUGGGCAAUGGGCCUCCCAGUGCUGGCCUCCCCCCGCACAACGGUAUGCCUCCACAGCCCAAUGGCCCGCCGCCGGGCAGCUCUACAGGGCCGCCGUCGCAGGCGAAUCUCAAUCAGAUUGUUUUAGAGUAUCUCUCCAAGAAGGGCUAUGUCCGCACCGAGGCGAUGCUCCGCAAGGAGUCGGAACCGCUAGCCAACGGACAGGCGCUCGUGACCCAUAGCACCGAAGCGGGCGGCGUAAAGUACACGAAAGCUUUCGAACUCUUGCGGAAAUACACAGAGGAUAAUUUGGAUCUCUAUCGACCGGAACUACGGAAACUGCUAUGGCCCGUCUUCGUGUACUCAUUCUUGGAUCUGGUGCGCGACUUUUACACCAAGGACGCGGAGACUUUCUUCGCGGCAUAUCAGCAUCUGUUCGAACGCGACCAUGACGACGAUGUGAAGACGCUGCGCCAGUUCCUCGAGUCGAAGCAAUUUGAGGGUGGACAGGCGCUGAUGGACGUUAUCCGUGACCACUUGAACAUUGUCACAGUCGAUCGCACAGCAACAGCGGAGAAGAGUAUCGCCGCGAUCCUCGCUGGUGGCCAAGGCGAUGAUGACCUGCCAGCAGAAGACGAGGGUAUUCCUGGACACAACCCUGGUCAUCCUCUCACAACGCGACACGAUCCUGAUGCUGACGCAGCGCGAAUAAGACUGCAACUGGGUCCAUACCCGCGAGACGAAGAACUGCUAGAGGAUGUGCGAGCUACGUUGCAAGAUGAAGAUGCGAAAAAUGCACCAAGACCUGGACAACCGAGCCUCGUCGAUGAAUUUGAGCAGCGCAUCAAGCGGGAGUCGCCUGAGGAUGGUCCCUCGCGGGAUACAGUUCCUCUGCCUCCGUCUUUGGCUCGCGACGUGUCCAUGGAGGUGCAGAAGAUCAUUGAGCACCGUGAUCGGUACAAGAUGGAAGGUAGAACUAGUGGCGUUGGUCCAGCGGUCAGCGUCACCAUGUAUACCUUCCAUAACACCUUCGACAGCAUCAAUUGCAUCGACUUCUCAGGUGACAACCGACAUGUUGCGGCCGGUAUGGCUGAAUCCUACAUUCGUGUAUGGUCCAUGGACGGUAGCCCACUCACCUCUCCCGACGAUGCACCAGAUGCACAACAGUCGUCAUCUCGCCGUCUCAUUGGCCACUCCGGCCCCGUCUACGCCGUCGCUUUCUCCCCAGCAACAGCGAAUCCCGAUCCCACCGGUCCACCCACCAACUCACAAUGUCUCCUAUCCUGUUCGGAAGAUAAGACCGUCCGACUAUGGUCCCUCGACACAUUCACCUGUCUUGUUGCCUACCGAGGCCACGACAAUCCCAUCUGGGAUCUCCAAUGGGGCCCAUAUGGCCACUACUUCCUCACAGGCUCCAACGACCGCACAGCCCGUCUCUGGUCCACUGACCACAUUGAACCCCUGCGCAUCUACGUCGGCCAUGACAACGACGUCGACUGCGUUGCCUUCCACCCCAACAACCUCUACGUCUUCACCGGCUCCUGUGAUCGCACAGUACGCAUGUGGCACAUAUCCGGUGGCAACUGUCUCCGUCUCUUCACCGGCCACACGGGCAACGUGACAGCCAUUUCCUGUUCCCCAGACGGCAAAACCCUGGCCUCCGCCGACGACGCAGGUAACAUCAUCCUCUGGACUCUGGAAACGGGUCGUCGGCGCAAGCGGAUGCGCGGCCACGGCAAAGGCGGCAUCUGGUCGCUGUCCUGGAGCGUCGAGUCCAGCGUGCUUGUCUCGGCCGGUGCAGACAAGACGGUGCGUGUAUGGGAUGUUUUGCAGGAGACGGGGGACAAGGCGGGCGAAGGGCCCGUGGCCAAGGCGGACGGAGCCAUGACGACUAAGGGCGCGAGUGGCACGACUGUUACGGGUGGGAAGAAGGCGGUCAAGGAGACGGGGGUGAGUGCGGAUCAGAUUAGUGCGUUUCCGACCAAGGAGAGUCCGGUGUACAAGGUCAUGUUUACGCGGAUGAAUUUGGUGCUUGCGGGGGGUGCGUAUUUGCCGACGAGGACGUGA